AUGGGACGGACAUGUUAUGGGGAUGAUACCUUUAAGCGAGAGGCAAGCCUUGAUAUACUUUUGGUCAACGACCAAUAUCACCAUACAGUGUUUCACGAGGAGCACAAAGUAAAACAAGUUAUUGAGCGCGAAAACAGUAAUCAAUUCAGUGAAGUGAUGGAGCCAGCCAUGCCUUGUUAA